UGAGCUCCAAACACCUCUAUCCCCUCUCCCUCCAGAAGCCUUUGUCCCGCUCCCAUAUGGAUAUGGCACCAAACACAAAAUAUCUCCAAAACACAACUUCCUUGGUACACAGUUCACUCAUCACUCUUCUACUCUGCUGUAUGGCCAUCACCACUGGCAUAUGUUCAUCACCAAACCAACCUCCAACUCUCCCCACACUUUCACUCUCAAACAUCUCACCACUCAAAACCCACUUGCCUUUUCCCUCCUCCAAAUUUGGCGCCAACUUAGUCUCCAACGAUGCAUUGGUCAAUGGAGCUGCCGCGGAGGCAGUGGCGCUGGCACGCGCUGUGGCGGAGGUGACCAGAGAUGCCGUGGCAGUGAGGGAAGGUAUUAGUGAGGUUUGGAGUUGCAAUGAGAGUGGGAAUGAGAGUGGUGGUGGAUUGAUGGCGAGGAGGAAGAAGAGGAGGAGAAGGCGGAAAGGGUUGGAGUGUUUUGAUGAUGAGGAGAGGAAGAGGGAGUUUGAAGAUGAGAGGGUUUCAUUUGGGGUUGUGAGAUAUGGUUAUCUGAGCCCAAGAGAGGAGGCAGAGUGCUGUCAGAGUCUCAAGGAGGGAGCAAAACUAGAAUCUGAAAGAACAAGAGUCACAGAAGCUCAAGAGCAUGAGCCAACUUCGAAACAGCUGGCAAAUGUGAUGAGGGUGAAGAUGAGAAGUAUAGAUAAGGUUAUCCGUAACAGAAGAGAGUCACAAGAAAGGAUCAUCAAGAGCUAUCGAGGACUUGUUGUCUCUGUUGCCAGCAGUUAUCAAGGGAAAGGAUUAAGCUUGGAGGACCUCAUUCAGGAAGGGAGCAUUGGACUUCUUCGAGGGGCAGAGAAGUUUGAUCCUGAGAGAGGAUUUAAAUUAUCAACAUAUGUGUAUUGGUGGAUUAGACAAGCUAUCAUCAGAGCCAUAGAAAAGAAGUCUAGAAUAAUCAGAUUACCAGGACACAUUUGUGGAGUGAUGGCAAAAAUCACAAAAGCUAAAAAUUCCUUCAACCAAAGAUUUCACCGGCUGCCUAGUCACGAAGAAAUUGCUGAAAUGGUAAAUAUUCAAGCCUCAACUGUAAGACUUGUUUGUGAGAGAAGCAGACUCCCUCUUUCAUUGGAUCGAGUGGUGACUGAUCAAGGUUGCAUGGCACUCCAGGAUAUCAUAAGAGGGCCGAAUGAGAUGAUGCCAGAAACGAUGCUUAGAAAACAGCUAAUGAAGCAAGAGGUGGAGAAGCUUCUAAAGACGUUGAGUGAUAGAGAAGCAAAUGUAUUGAGAUUACACUUUGGACUAAAUGGAGAGACCCCUCAGUCCUUUAAGGAGAUAGGAAGAUUGUUAGAACUUUCAAGGGAGAGGGUUCGACAGAUCAACGGCAUUGCAUUAUCAAAAUUAAAGCAGACAAGUACUUUGGACAAUCUAAAAUUGUAUAUUGUAUAGUUUUUCUAUUAUUUGAUGAACAGAAUAAGAAGAUAGAGAAAUGUAAAUAGUAAAAACCCCCAAAAAAAAAAAAAAUGUGCAUACUUCUUUACUGCAUCAGUGAUCUUGACUUUGCUAGAAAGUAAGAGGUUCUAUUCCUAUGUUCAAUGAUAGGUGGGGCUUCCAUUAAGAUGAGGCCGGGAAACUUGCCAAUAAUCUGCGAAGUCAAAAUGAAUCCUUGCUUUAAUCCUCCAACUUGUUCUUUCACUAAAAC